GGCGCGUUGUGAAACGUCCCACAGCUGAAACUGCGACUCGGCUGCAGGGAAGUUUGUGUGCUUUACUGUCGCUGACUUUGUCUUUUUUUUUAUUUAUUUAUUUUUUAAUUUUAUUGAUUUAUGUAUUAAAUUAGAGAGAAGGCUCCGAGUCGUAGCGGAAGUGUACUGUUUAGGUUUGUUUUUGUUUUCUGUAAGAAGAUGUGACAUGUUGCUUUGUAAAGUCAAGAGGGUGAAAAUCCCGAGGUUGCAGCAGUCUGAGAUAAAGCAGAAAUGCACCCAGAUGCCUUGCAGGCUGCUGUCCGGGUCGAGGGUUUGCCCCUGUCCUGCCCUGAGACCCAGCCCGACCUAGAGGAGGACGAUCUGGACUACGAGACAAACAGACGAGGGAGAUACCAUCACAGUUUGCAGUUACUGAAGCCUUUCAGGAUCACACACAAGCAUCAGCACCCUGUGGACAAUGCAGGCCUUUUCUCCUUCAUGACCCUGCACUGGCUCUCUCCGCUGGCAUGGAAAGCACACAAAGCUUCGUCCCUCAUGAUAGAGGAUGUGUGGGGCCUGUCCUGCCACGAAGCCUCCGAAACCAACUAUCACAGGCUGCAGGCUCUGUGGCAUGCAGAGCUGAAGAGAAAAGGCAGAGAUGGAGCGUCUCUCUGCCGGGUUUUCUGGAGGUUCUGUCAGACGCGCAUGCUGGUGGCUUUACUCCUUCUCCUCAUCUCUACAGUGACUGCCUUCAUUGGACCUGCUCUGCUGAUCCGAGCGUUGCUGGAGUAUGCUCAGAGUUCAGAGGUGUGGCUUCCAUACGGCCUGGCUUUGGUUGGAGGUAUAUUCCUCACUGAGUUGAUUCGCUCUUGGACGAUGGCUCUCGUGUGGGCUGUUAAUUACCGCACGGCCGCACGCCUGAGGGGGGCAGCGCUCACGUUUGCCUUCGAGAAAAUCCUACGUCUGCGCAGCACUAAAGAAAUCAGCACAGGGGAGCUGAUAAACAUUUGCUCCAGCGACGGCCAGCGGAUAUAUGAUGCUGUUUCAUUGGGCUGCCUGCUAGGUGGAGGACCUCUGGUGGGGCUUCUCGCCUUGUCCUACAACACCUACUUCCUAGGACCAACCGCAAUAGUUGGCUCUACCAUCUUUAUCAUCUUCUAUCCAUUAAUGAUGCUGGCCUCCCGACUGACUGCCCACUUCCGCAAGAAAUGUGUGGUAGUCACGGACUGGCGUAUCAGACUGAUGAAUGAGAUCCUCAGCUGCAUCAAGUUCAUUAAGAUGUACUGCUGGGAAUCAGCCUUCGCCAGCAACGUCCACAAGGUUCGAUCAGAGGAGAGGAAAAUAUUGGAAAAAGGCAGUUUAGUUCAAAGUCUCACCAUUGGUGUGGCUCCCAUCGUUGUUGUGAUUGCCAGCGUGUGUACAUUCACUCUACACAUGGCCCUGGGCAACGAUCUCACUGCAGCACAGGCCUUCACUGUUGUGGCUGUCUUCAACUCUAUGACUUUUGCCCUAAAGAUUACACCCUUGGCAGUGCGUGGUUUGUCAGAGGGUGCUGUCGCUGUUAAGCGAUUUCAGAGACUCUUCAUGAUGGAGGAUCACGAGGUCAUAUUAGACAAAAUGGAGGAUCCUGAGAAUGCUGUGGAGUUCAGAGACGCCACACUGGCAUGGAAUAAAGCUCGGCCCCCACCGACCAAAAGGGCAAAGCCACAGCCGCCCCGGAAAAGAGGAGGCAUGCGUCGAGUGCUCCGGAGGGAGAAGCUGAGUCUCUACAUUAGCUCAGAGGAUGAGAAAGCAAAAGGCCAGGAGCCCAAUGCCGAGCACCUCCUCACACACAUGGAGCAGGAGAGCCCACAGAGCACCAUCUCCUCCACCCAGAGUGUGCGUCCACCUCUGCACAAAACCCUACAUCGUGUCCAGCUCACAGUCCGCAAGGGCGCGUUGGUAGGAGUGUGUGGUGCUGUGGGCAGCGGGAAGAGCUCAUUGCUGUCUGCUCUCCUGGGACAGAUGACCUUACUUGGGGGAUCAGUGGCAGCGAACGGGGGCUUUGCCUAUGCUGCUCAGCAGGCCUGGAUCCUCAACAGUUCCUUGAGAGAGAACAUUUUGUUUGGGAAAGAUUAUGUGGAGGAAAAGUAUAAUGCUGUUCUGGAGGCCUGCUGUUUAAUUCCUGAUAUCACUGAGCUACCUUACGGUGAUAUGACUGAGAUUGGGGAAAGAGGAGCCAAUCUGAGCGGAGGUCAAAGGCAGAGAGUGAGUCUUGCCCGGGCACUUUACAGUGACAGACCCAUCCUGCUACUGGAUGAUCCCCUCAGUGCCGUGGACGCUCACGUGUCUUCCCAUCUCUUCCACAAUGCCAUUCGCAGUGUGGCCGGGGAAAAGACUGUCAUAUUUGUUACACACCAACUGCAGUACCUGGCAGAGUGUGAUGAGGUUGUGUUGAUGAAAGACGGGCAGAUUGUGGAGCACGGCACGCACGCCCAGCUGAUGGCCCGAGGACGUGACUACGCCACGCUUUACACUAGUGUACAGCAGGAGAACCUGGUGAGGAAAAACUUGAAAAACCAGCAGGGGGGAGAGGAGAAGGGCUCGGCGCUGUGCACUUCUGUCAUCAGUACGGCAGGAAAGCAGCCCGCUGAGAGAACGAGAGGAGACCAGCUCAUGCAGGCUGAGGAGAAGGGCCAUGGGGCAGUCACCUGGGCCGUCUACGCCACUUACGUCAAGGCUGCUGGAGGACCCCUGGCCUUCAUUAUCAAUAUCCUGCUCUUCUUCUUCACCACAGGCAGCAUAGCCUUCAGUAACUGGUGGCUCAGCCACUGGAUCAAGCAGGGCAGUGGGAAUGUAACAGUAUUACAGGGGAAUGAGAGUGUGGUGAGCAGCAGUAUGAGACUAAACCCCCACACUCAGUACUACUCCAGCAUCUACGCCCUGUCCAUGGGAGUGACGCUCUUCCUCAAGAGUGUGCGGGGCAUCGUGUUUGUCAAGUGUACCUUGCGGGCAGCCUCGGCUCUACACGAUAAGCUCUUUAAGACUCUCCUCCUCAGCCCAAUGCGUUUCUUUGAUACGACUCCCCUAGGACGCAUCCUGACUCGGUUCUCCAAAGACAUAGAUGAAGUGGAUGUGCGCCUGGCUGUUCAGGUGGAGUUGCUGCUGCAGAACAUGACACUGGUGCUCUUCUGUCUAGGAGUGGUGAGCGCUGUUUUCCCAUGGUUCCUGUUCUCCAUCAUACCUCUUGCGGCCUUCUUCUACAUCAUCAAUCGCAUCUCCAGGGUGCUCAUUCGUGAACUGAAAAGGCUUGAGAACAUCAGCCAGUCGCCUUUCACCUCUCACCUCACCAGCAGCCUGCAGGGUCUGUCCACUAUCCAUGCCUACAGCAGGGGGCCAGACUUCCUUCAGAGAUAUCGGGAGCUGUUGGACACUAACCAGGCUUCCUACUACCUGUUCAGCUGUGCCAUGCGCUGGCUUGCGGUGCGUUUAGACCUCAUCAGCAUUAUACUCACUUCCGUCGUGGCUCUGUUGAUCAUUAUCAUGCAUGGACAUAUCUCUCCAGCGUACGCCGGUCUGGCCAUCUCCUAUGCCGUGCAGCUGACAGGUCUGUUUCAGUUCACGGUGAGACUUCUGUCUGAAAUGGAGGCUCGAUUUACAUCAGUGGAGAGAAUCAAUCAUUACAUCAAGAACCUGGAAGCGGAAGCACCUCAGCAGAUCGGAGACGCCUCUGACCCUGCAUCCGAUUGGCCACAGAAGGGUAGCAUCAGCUUCCAGGAUGUGGAGAUGCGCUAUCGGCCCGAGUUACCCCUGGCGCUGAAGAACCUCACUUUCAGCAUUCUCCCAGAGGAGAAAGUGGGCAUUGUCGGCCGGACUGGCUCAGGUAAAUCUUCACUUGGUGUAGCACUCUUCAGACUAGUGGAGCUCAGCGGGGGAUCCAUCAUCAUCGAUGGUGUCAACAUUGCUCACGUAGGCCUGGAAGCCUUGAGAAGCAAGCUGUCAGUCAUCCCCCAAGAGCCUGUUCUCUUCCUUGGUACUGUCAGGUCAAACCUUGACCCGUGGGGCCAGUACACGGAUGCGCAGGUCUGGGAGGCACUGGAGAAAACACACAUCAAAGACAUGGUAAGCCAGUUACCUCACGGUUUUGACUCCGAGGUGACGGAGAACGGAGAGAACUUCUCAGUGGGGGAGCGGCAACUACUGUGUGUGGCAAGAGCGCUGCUCAGACACAGCAAGAUUUUGGUUUUAGAUGAAGCAACAGCAGCCAUUGACACAGAGACAGAUCGGCUUAUUCAGGAGACCAUCCGCAGCUCUUUCAGAGGCUGUACUACACUGAUCAUCGCUCACCGCCUCAAUACAGUUUUCAGCUGUGACAGAGUUCUGGUACUGGACCAGGGUCAGAUCCUGGAGUUUGACAGCCCAUCAAAUCUGCUGGCAAACGAGAGUUCGUGUUUCCGUGCCAUGGUGGAGGCAGCGAACAGGACUGUCGGCCAUUCAGAGAGAAUCUGAGCAGCUGUUGGGCACACCACUGGCCACAAGACUCAUCUCUCUGCCAGACCUCACCUCACAGCAUGAAGCUGCUGGACAAGAAGAUGUUUGUUUGGUGUUUAGAUCAGUGGCUAUUUUAUUGUUCAGUGUUGCCCAGUUGUACUGCACUGACUAGUUCACUUGUAGUAUUUUCAACUCAGUGCUAUAACUAAAAAGCCAUGUUUUGUGAAACAUGUCUGAAAAAUACCAGCCUAGUCUUAAGGAAUAUAUUAAUGGUUUUAGAUGGUCACAUGAUCAUAUAUCGCUAAGCAGCUGGUCUCAGUUCCACUAAUGGAACUUUAAAGUUGCAUUAAGUUUCAAUAUUGUUUGGGGGAAGUUAUACUGUUUGGAUUUUUAAAAAUUUUGUAGCCUAGAAUGGAGAUGUGUGAGAAAUGAGGACAAUUUCAGUUAUGAACAUUAAUGCUGUGUACAUUCAAAUAAGGUUCUUAUAAUGCAGGCAGAAGCAGGAAGAACAAAUAACUUAUUUUCAGUAUUAAUGAGUAAUGCCCUUUGAAGUACUUGGAAGGUUUGCAAUAAACAUGCCGUGCUUCACAAAAGCUGCAAAAAUGCACAAGAUGACAUGCAGUCUGUGAAGUAAUGAAAGAAAAAAAAAAGUACGGGUCAGUCAUUCCAUUGAAAUCAACACUACAAAGCAGAAUAUGCCUCUGAUGGUUUAUUUCUGCUCAUAAGCUUCAUGUUGUGCCUAAUGCAUUGUGCAAUCAGUGUCUAUGUUUCAGAGAUGGAAAGCUGCAGCUGGUAUUUUAGCUUCAGCUUUCUCAAGUGCUUUGAGAUUCUUAGUGCUGUCCUCUUUUUCAGCUCUGUUCAGCCACUGUUCUCACAUGUGGUUGCUAAAUCGAGACGUUUAAAUGAGUCAGUCCUCUCAGGAUGAACGGAGUCUGUGGAGGCUUUCACAGGAAGCUCUAAUGAAUCCUGUAAAAGAAAUUACAAAUCCACCUGACAUCUGCAACGUGCACAAAAACGUAAUUAUAAAACUUGUUUUAUGUAUGAAUGUGUUUCAUUCUGUCAAUUCUCAAUAGCCCCAUUAGAGUUUUUCCUUAAAAUGCAGUUUAUAAGGCAAAACAAUUACACAUGUGUAGGUGGCUAUAAUCACACAACAAUGAAUAAAGUAAAUGCAGGAGGCCAUUUUUCUCUUUGCCAUGCUCCGAUAUUCGGAUAUUCCUCUGGGAGAGGCCUUGAUGGAAGCUGAAUAUUUAAUUACACUGAGGACAAAAGCUAUUUGCUGUAUGAUUGAUGGUUGUUUAUAUCUAAGUUAGACACAGGAAGUUGCUUUCUGUUAGACUGAAAUUGUAUUGAAAUUUUCUUGUUGUAUCAAAGUAUUUUUUACACAUUUCUCAUAAAAAUGCUUUUUUGAUUAAAGGUAUUUUUAUACAUUAAA